UCUCAUUUCAUGUGAAGGUGUUACUGUUCAAAAAGUUUGAGGUUUUUAAUUCUUAGUGUAAGUUUAUUAAUAUUCUUAAAAAUAUUUUGAAAUUCAUAAUUAUAAAUUUGCUUUUGUCUUUGGUGAUCCAUGAAUAAUCAACUAUUUCCGCUAUACCAACUGCCCUUUCAAACCACAAACUGUGCCAACUAACAAAGUACUACUAACUAACAACAAAAAGAGGAAAUUUUGGAACCAAAAAAGAAAAAAGUUACCUACAAAAAAAAUUUAAUGAAAAUCCCAAAUUAAUGAAAGAAAAAGGAAAUUUUUUAAAGAAAUUUGAAGAUUUGUAAUGUCAAUGCACUGAAAAUAAAAAAAAUCUCUUCAUUAGAGAAAGAACAAUUAGUGGAUGAUCAAUCAAAUUUUCAAGGGGCAAAGGCCCAUCUUGAAAUGGGAUCAUCAGAUGAAAGAGCAGUACUUCAACUCGAGGAUGAGAAUCUUGUCAGAUUAGAGCAUUUUGAUAGAAAGGCAUCUUCUUUGGGCACCGUUCCUCAAAGAUCUUCUUAUGAUCUCGAGGCAGAUGAUGACAGUCAUAAAAGUAUAUUGUAAAGGAUACGAAGGAACAUUAAGAUUUUUUUUUUCUCCAACAAGUUAAACAUACUUGUACCUUGUGGCCCUUUAGCGAUACUUGUGGAUGAGUUAACUGAUCAACAUGGAUGGACAUUCAUACUUAGCUUGUUAGGCAUCAUUCCCCUUGCAGAGCGUUUAGGUUGGGCCAAGUAAUUCUCUACAACCAAUGUCUACAAUGCGUUGCAUGAGUAAAUCAUAACAAUCAAAGAGGAAUUGAGCGUAUACCCGCAAAGACAUGUCAGCAUUUCUUAACAUGUUCAUACAUCAUGCAUAGUUCUUAACCGUGAAAUGGAAGUUCUUUUGAGCUAUCAAGAUCACACUUCUUUAUCUCCGUCCUUGGAUGUUUGCAUAACAUGGAAAGACAAUAACUUCCUGAUCUUCUUCUCCGUUUAAUAAUUUUUAACAUUACACGUCGUAUUUGGAGCAUAAACAUACUUGGUCUAUUUAUACUGUUGUACAUUUUCAAAAAUGUGACUAAUACGUUUCGGUUUCAUUCCUUGUAUAGGCAGCUGGCUUUUUUUACUGGACCUACAGGUAGUCUUGUCUUUUAGUCGAGUAUAUGAUAUAUAAAGGCAUUAACUUUCUGUAUGUUCUUUCUUUUGGUCUUUAAAUCUUCUUUUUGGGAUACCAAUUUAUAUGUGUGACAAAAUAUGCUGAUUUUCGUCUGCACCCUAAUGGUAGAAGACAUGUAAAUGUUUAUGUCAUCUCAUACUAUAUAGUAUUUUCGUCACAUAUUAAUCAAAGCGAGAUAGAGAACGUAACUCUAUCAGCCGGUUUCCCUUUUCCCUCUAAUGGCACUCUAUUUAGCCAAUAUCAUCUCGAUUAAUCUGCAGUUAAAAACUUUUACAGUCGGAGGACUUCUAAAUGCGACUUUUGGAAACGCUACAGAGUUGAUAAUAUCAAUGUAUGCAUUGAAAAGUGGAAUGAUUCGUGUAGUGCAGCAGUCACUAUUAGGCUCAAUUCUGUCCAAUACUUUACUAGUGCUUGGAUGUGCAUUUUUUGGCGGUGGAAUUGUUCAUUCUAAUAAGGAGCAGCUUUUCGACAAGGGAACUGCAGGGAUGAAUUCGGGGUUGCUUUUAAUGGCAGUUAUGUGCUUGUUGUUCCCCGCUGUCCUCCACGUUACACACACUGAAGUGCAUUUCGGGAAAUCAGAGUUGGCACUUUCCAGAUUUAGCAGCUGCAUUAUGCUUAUAGCGUAUGGCGCGUAUCUACUUUUUCAGCUGACCAACCAAAAGAAUCUUUACAUGCCGAUGGCCGAGGAAGAGGAUCAUAUUGAUGGAAGUGCAGAUGAUGAAGAAACUCCGGAGAUAUCGAAAUGGUGGUCAAUUUUAUGGCUUUCUGUUAUGACACUAUGGAUAGCUGUCCUAUCAGAGUACCUUGUUAAUACCGUAGAAGGAGCAUCCGUUGCAAUGAAUAUUCCUGUAGCAUUUAUUAGUGUGGUAGUGCUUCCCAUUGUUGGAAACGCUGCGGAGCAUGCCGGAGCUGUCAUGUUUGCCUGCAAAGACAAGCUUGAUAUAUCUUUGGGAGUUGCAAUAGGUUCAUCAACGCAGAUAGCCAUGUUUGGGAUCCCAUUCUGUGUUGUAGUCGGAUGGAUAAUAGGCUCACCGAUGAAUUUGGACUUCCAAAUGUUUGAAACAGCUACACUUUUUAUGACUGUCCUUGUAGUAGCUUUCAUGCUGCAGGACGGAACGUCUAAUUACUUUAAAGGGCUGAUGCUCCUUUUCUGCUAUCUGAUAGUUGCAGCAAGCUUCUUUGUACAUAUAGAUCCGGAGUCUAUACAGGACAAGCCACAAAAACAUAUAGGAUAAAUGAGUGCUUUGGUGCUAAAGCUGAAGGCCUAACAAAGACUUGCUUGAGAAGAAGAGUCCCCUUUGACAAUACUGAACAAUGAUUUUGAUAAAGAUCCAUCUAUCUUGUUAUAGCUCAAGGUUUAGUUUUCUCCUAAGUUGCGCAAGACUCUUCAUUUUGAUGCCACACCCGUGUCAGAUUCUUCAAAAAUAUACUAUUUUGGGAAAUCCGACACAUACCUAAUGACAUUUUUUGAAGAGUCUUGAGCAACAUUGGUUUUCUCUAUCCAAUUAAUCGAGCAGCUAGCUUCUUGCUUUCGCAGUUUUGAUAUGCCUACGUGAGUUAUUAGGCUCUAUAUAUAGUAUCAAGGAUGAUGAUUGUUAUGUUUUCUUUUUGCCUUAGAAAUGGCAGGAUGUAAGUAUUAUCAAAUUAGAUUGUAAGCAGAAUGUAAGGUUCAUUUUUCUAACAUUAUUAAAGCAGGAUGCAUUAUUUUUGUCAUCCCAAAGUGAUUUAUGAUCUCUGAAACAAAAUAUUUGCAUGGUGAAGGAUAUCAUUUGUUGAUUGGAAAUAUUA